AGUGAUGAAAGGUCAAGGUCAUCCUUCAAGGUCAAAGGUCAAAUGUAUUUCUUCAAACGGUCGCAGAAAGGGGCAUUAUGUUUCUGACAAACACAUCUCUUGUUCAUUGUUGAAUUGAGCAGUGAAAGGAAUUAACAGGAGACAGAGAGAAGUAAGGACAUGUUUAUGGACAUGCUGGCCUCACCCUAUUCCCAGUAUGCAGAGUAAAUCAGCACCACAGCCAGCAAGGAUGGAUUUCCUCUCAGGAACAAUUUUCUCCCACCAAUACUGUACAUUCAAGCAGACAACUGUUGGCGAGAAAACAAAAACCGAUAUGUGUUUUCAUUUCUACAAUCGCUGGUUGCAGAAAGGAUUUUCAAUGAGGGACUCCAACAUCAGCCCUCCAGGACUCUACAUGAUGGACAUUUCCUACAAAAAGUUCCUGAAGGAGUACCAGAAAUUGUAGCUUCUGAUUCUUCGAAGAUCGAAAUAGAUUUUUUUCUUCAAAAUAUCGAUGCCAUAAGGCUGCUUCUCAAGCAAGAAAACUACAAAAAAUGCAAAGAUUUUUAUGAAACACUGUAAUGGUAAACGAAGAUGCUAGUGAAUUUCCCCUUCCGCUUCUACCUAAGCAGCCGAUUGAGACCACAAUUCCAAAAGG